AUGUCAGUAUUUGUUGCUAAAAUUAAGAAUGUCUCAAGUGGAGACACUGUGGUUGCCAUUCCAACAAAGUCUGCUCAAAUUCCACCACCAGAAAGAAUCAUUACACUCUCCUAUGUCAAACCAAUUGAUGAGUUUGAAUCCAAGGAAUAUUUACGUCAAUUGUUGCUCGGUAAGGUAAUCAAGUUCAAAGUCUUUAACAAAGCUGCAAAUAGAGAAUUUGGUGAUAUACAAGCUCCCAUUUUCAAUUCGUUAAUUGAGUAUUUGUUAACUAAUGGGUAUGUAAAAGUAAAGGAGAACCUUCCCGAUGACGAAGAGGUUGAAAAAUUGAGGCACAUUGAACAAACUGCUAAAGCCAAAAACGUAGGUUUGUGGGCAGCAAAAAAAUCCAAGACAACACAGAUAGUGCCAUUAACUGAAGAAAUCAUCUUGGCGUCACAAAGGAAACCAAUGAAGUUAAUCGUCGAUAAAGUUAUUAGCGGAGACAGAAUUGUAGGAAACAUCUAUGUAAAUAAAAACUCAGUUGUUGCUCAAACACCAUUGUUGUUAGCAGGAGUAAAAUCACCAAGAACAGAUGCUACGGAACAACCUCAAAAUCUCACCAAAGUGGCAAAAGAAGCUAAAUAUUUUGUUGAACAAAAUCUUUUAACUAGAGAUGAGUUGGAAGUAACAAUAAUUGGCGAAAACCAAUCUGGUUUGCCAAUUGCUUUGAUAAAGGAUAUCUCGGAAAGAGUCUUGGAGCUGGGGUAUGGAGAGAUUGUUGAUUGGCAAUCCAGCUUAAUUGGUUCUUCGACAAUGAGUAAAUUGAGAAAAGCAGAACAAACUGCAAGAGCUUUGGGCAAGGGUAUUUUCGCAAAUGCUAAAAGCACCAGUAUAAAGGUAAACACGAGUUCCAGUUUAGCACCGGGAAAGAAAGUCAACGUCACAGUUGCAAAAAUUAUAAGCGCCGAUACUUUAACAGUGAGAUUGCCUGGCGGCAGUGGCGACGUAGAAGCUACUGUACAAUUGGCAUCUGUUAGGGGGCCUAAACCUAAUGAUACCACAGUUGUUACAGAUUCGGCAAAGCAACAAGCCUUAGUUGCAACAGCAAAAGAAUUUGUUAGAGCUCAAACUAUUGGAAAACAGGGGACUUUAUACGUUGAUGGAUAUAGAGAAGAAAACAAAGAUUUAAAUUUACCAGCUAGAUUCUUGGUGAGCUUGAAACUUGGAAAUACUGAUAUUUCCGAAUUACUCGUUAGUUCAGGUUUUGCUACUGUGAUUAAACACAACAAGGCUACUCAAAACGAACGUUCAAUGAACUGGGAUAAAUUGAUCGAGUUGGAAGAAGAAGCUAAAAAGUCGAAAAGGGGAAUGUAUGGAGACUUGAAAAAGGUGCUUACUGUUGGUACCAGGAUUAUUGAUGCCUCAGAAAAUCUUACUAAAGCAAAGACAUUCCUUAAUGGCUUUAAACAAAAGGGAAGAAUUACAGGUUAUUAUGUUGAGUUUGUCCCAAAUGCAACCAGGGUAAAGCUUUUCAAUCCAAAAGAUGGAAUGAAGUUGACAUUAAUUUUGAGUGGAUUGUCUAAUGAGAAAAGUGACGCUUCAACCGAAGGUACUGAUUUUUUGAACAGAAAAUAUUUACAAAGACCAGUUGAAUUUGAGAUUUUUGGUACUGACAAAUUGGGUUCCUUUAUUGGUAACUUAUUUGCAAAUGCAAAUGCAUUGGUGCCAGUACAGGUACAAUUAUUGCAACAGGGUUUAGUCAAGAUUCAUGAUUUUGCCAUCAAUAGUAAUCCACAAGCAUCAGCAAUGAUCCAAGCUGAAGAUCAAGCAAAAGAAGAAAAGAAGGGUUUAUGGAAGAAUUAUGAUGCUGCUGAAGCCGAAUCUCAGUUAGCAGCUUCUAGUAACACCGCCACCAACACCAACACCACUGCUACUACUACUACUACUACUACUACUACGAACACUAGCACAGUAAAACCCAAGUUUUUUGACAUUGAGGUAGUUGGAAUUGAAUUACCUGGUGUAAUAUCAUUCCACAUGGCUGAUUCUAAAACAAAACAAAUAUUCACUUCGUUCAAGCAACAAUUUCAACAAUUCCAUUCUCAACAGCCAAGCGCUUCCAAACUCAGUCAAGACCUUCCAGUAAACUACGACAAAGCACCUAAAAAGAAUGAACUUGUUUCGGCCAAGUUCAGCGAAGAUGGUAAAUACUAUCGUGCAAAGUUCCUUGGGCUCGAUAAAGCAACCAACAAGUAUCAAGUGAUCCAUCUUGAUUAUGGUAACAAGGAUAAAGUACCACUCUCAAGUUUACGUUAUUUACCUUCCAAAUUUAAUCUAGCAGCAUAUCCUCAAUUUGCCCAUACUGCAACCUUACAAAACUUGAAAUUGCCUCCAGGUUACCUCGAAGAUGCAAUAUGUGCAUUGGAGGAUCUCACAUAUGACAAAAAAUUAGUCAUCAGUGCAUUACCUGGACAGGACGCGGAGUAUAAUGGUGUUUUGUACGAUGCAGAGAUAAGUUUGAAGGAUGCAUCUUAUACUAUAAAUAAAGAAUUGGUCAGAGAAGGCUUGGCGGUGGUUGAUGAUAAAAAUGUAGCACCUAAUGUGAAGGAUUAUGUUGAGGAGUUGUUGAGAGUACAAAAACAGGUCAAGGCUAAUCAUGUUGGAUGUUGGGAAUUUGGAGACGUUGCUUUUGAAGAUGAAAGUUUAUUAACUAUGGGUUAA